AUGAAGGAGCGCGUUGCUUUUAUCCACGAGCAAGGCGAGGGCGUUGACCCUCAGCUGCUCAAGCUCAGCACCACUGGUAUUCAAGGGCCCAGCAUUCAAGCUGCGCGUCAAGAUAGACUCAAUAUUGCUUAUGAGGAGCUUCCACUAGAGGUUAAGGAGGUCCUGUAUGAUGCGGUGCGUGUAGAAGUCAAGUGGGCAAGCUCGGACGGGCAUCAGACGACAGACCCAUUGACCGCGAGGAUUUCGCCGGGUUUGCACGCGUGGUAUUCGACAAGGAAAGGUGGAAAAGAUAUUUCGCACGACGUCUGUAAACUUCUCCAGGCGUUUGGCCCACUGGACUGUAAUUCGCAAGAGGUAUUUACAUCGGUUCAUAGUACGGAUGCAAGUGAGGACACCUUUUACUUCUACAGCCACCUGGAGAGCCUGGGUGAGUUUGCUGUAUCUGCUACGAGCCAUCUCUGCACUGGAUCUGACGUGCAAUGCCGGGGUCGCCUUGCGAGUUUAUCUUCCGCAUCAUCGCUAGACCUCUCAUUUGAUUCAUCUCUGAAGCAAGCCAAACUCAGCGCAUUAUGGCCCGUUGCUGAACGGUCCAUCUCGGUACAGAAGUCCAAGGCAGAGCGCAGCGAGGUUGGUGUCAUGGGCCUCGAUAAGCCACCACAGUUGGAACCACACGAGCUUGGUAUCUCAGGAGUCUUGGCGUACGCUGGAGAAAAGAAAGACCCAUCUGCUGUACUGUUUGCCUUCCCGGCCAGACAUAGACGCUCUGUAGGCUCGUUUUCAGCGGAGUUUGUCCAACCAACAGGUUUACAUCCGACCCUGCGGCUUUCACUGAGCGCCAACGAGAGUGUUAGACAAGACGGCCGAGAUGGAUGUAGACCUUAUGUCUAUCUUACGCUGCCAAAGUCUAUUUUUGCAGACAGAUACCAGCUUGCCGACGCACUAUUCUUGGCGUCAAAGAAUCUGACAGCAUCACCUUACACCAGCUUACCUGUCGACCUGGAAGCACCAGCAUAUACUACCAAGGCAUGGGGAUCGAGUGUUCUUCUGGAAUUGCUGAAGCCAAAGGAGAAUACCGAUUGGACUGCCGAAGUGCCUCUGCAUCUGCGCUAUCUUGAGCCGUCCGAGACUGGCAAACGUCUGGUGGAAUUGCCAUAUCCUGCUGUCUUCUGGGCCUGCAAGGCUGCGCAGGAUGUAGACUUCUCGACUAGUCCUUUUGACCGCUCUCAUCUUGGCUACGACGGGCUCUUCGAACCCCAUACCGUUUUCUGGCACGUCAACCCGCAAGCUGUAUCAGGUACACGUCUGACGAGCGCGUUGACUGUCCCGGUUCUACAGCAAGGGUUUGAAUCGUACAUUGCCGCUGGCACUUCAGCAGUGAUUGUGCUAGGCUUUAGCUGGGUCCUAUGGAAGCUGGUCUCUGGUUUCGUGUCACAUGGAUAUCAGAAUCCCAACAGCGCUGUCCCAUCGAAGAAGAAGACGAAAUAG